AUGUACCCCCUCAACUUUCGCUCCCUUGAGCAUGCUGCCGUACAGCUCAUCACAGCUUACGAGACGCUCUACAACGCCAGCACAAGCCAAUCACCCGAUCAAGUGAGUCUACGUUCAAGCCCUGAUUCGCAAUCAUCAGCGUGCAAUCUGAUCAGACCAACACCUCUUCGUCUCGCCGCACUUCCAGUUAAAGAAGAACUUCCUCUCGAUCUAUCCGCUCAAAAUCGUCAGACGGUAAUACAAAAUGGUGGUCAACCUCAGAAGACAACCAGCGGCGACUCACAACCUCUUCUGCCGAGUUGUAUUGACGAGAAACUAAAUGCCGAGUGGAUUGCACUGAAACUAGCUGCAUCUGCUGGCAGCAACAGAAUGUCGUAUCCGAGGGAAUUCAAGCUGAUGGUUAUUGACUAUUACCAAAGGAAUGGCCAGAACAAAUACCGCACCUGCAAGGAAUUUCAAAUUACCAAGUCUAUGUUGAACGGAUGGCUAUCAAAGAUCGAGAAGAUUCGCGAAUCACGACCGGGAUCGCUGAAAUCAGGCAGAAGUGGAAGGCGACCACAGUUUCCAGACAUCGAAAAGCAGCUAUUCGCACUGUAUUGCCAGCGUAUAGAAAAUGGUAGCAAAGUAGGCAAUCGCUGGUUGAGGGAGAGAGCUAGAGAACUGGCUGGCGAUGUUAACGUUGCUUGUCAGUUCUCGGAGCGAUGGUUGAGCAAUUUUAAGAAACGCUUUCACAUAAAUUUUCAACGAGAAAGCGAUUCAUCGACAGAUUCGCAUUCAAUACGUUCGGCGUCGAGCGAUAAACACACUUUCUCGGACACUGAAACGGAUUCAUUCAAUGACUCUGCCGAGCAAGAAGUUGGGAUUCGCAAAGAGGUCGUCGCUGAGAUUGUUAACCAACCAGGACAGCUUCCUAUUCAAGCGUUCUAUGAGAAGUUUCCAUGGCUGUGCAAAAAAGGUGUACAUGUUGAAGCGGGAAGACGGGGACGUAAAGUGCAAUUUCCAGAUGUCGAACGGGUUCUUUAUGAACGUCUUCAGGAAAAGCAGAAGACUGGAGAGCGUAUUUCAAACCGAUGGCUUCAAGAUCAGGCACGAGACUUAGCAGCAGAGUUGUGUCCUGGAAUUCUGGAAGAAGCUGUGAAGUCUUCACGAUGUCUUUUCUCAGAACACUGGCUUCAUAAUUUCAAGAAACGCUAUGGAAUAAGCUUAAAGUAUAAAUCUACGCCUUUGGCAGAUAUUCCAGACAACGCUGCUCAAAAGCAGCCGCCCUCCUCCGCUGAAGCGAUCGAUGCUAACCUGGCAGUUCUUCAUCUACAAGCGUGGUUUAUGAACCAAAGCUAUGCAUCGCCUCUGUGGUCAUCGGGUAAUUCUUCAGCUUGCACAUUUUAA